CCGUGUGUUGUGCAGCCUGUAAAAAACCGGAGGUUGUCUUAAAAUAAGAAGUAAAAGUAAUAGCAAUGGAGGUUAUGAAGAAGAGGAAGAUGGAGGAGGGCAGCAAUGGAGCUGAAAUUACUAGCACCCAAGAAUACCUGCGUUCUCUUCUCGACCCUCUUAACAAACCCCAGCUCGUUGAUCUUCUCUCCCGACUAGGGUCCCAAUAUCCUUCCAUUGCCGAAGAAAUUAAAAGUCUAGCCAGUGCGGAUCCAGUACACCGAAAGCUUUUUGUUCGUGGCCUUGCGUGGAAUACCGCUUCAGACACCUUGUGUGCUGCAUUUCGCGAGCAUGGUGAAAUUGAAGAAGGGGCUGUUAUUUAUGACAAAGCAACAGGAAAAUCUCGUGGCUAUGGUUUUAUCACUUACAAACAUAUGGAAUCAACACAAAGUGCUCUCAAAGCACCGAGCAAGCUAAUCGAUGGUCGACUUGCUGUUUGUAAUUUAGCAUGUGAAGGAUUAACUGGGGCGAGUACAGCACCCGAUUUAGCCCAGAGAAAACUAUACACUGGGGGAUUGUCACCAGACGUCACUAGUGAGAUGUUGCUUAGCUUUUUUGGUAGGCAUGGUGAGAUUGAAGAAGGUUCAGUUGCCUAUAACAAAGAUACUAAUGAAUCACGUGGGUUUGGUUUUGUUACAUACAAGACAGUGGAAGCUGCAAAGAGGGCAAUAGAUGAUCCGCAGAAGCUUUUAGGGGGUAGAACUAUCACUGUGAAGCUUGCGGAUACACACAAAGGUAAAACAGCACAAACUCCUGCACCAGUAGUUCCUGUAUCCAUACCAAUCACAGGUGGGUACACGCAACCUGGAAAGGCACAUCCCAGUCAUGCCCCUUUGGGCUACUCAUAUCCUCAAACUAUGGCAUCAUUCCCCGGGUCUUCCUACCCAAGUCCUCCAACGGCACCUGCUGUUCCUUAUCCUCCACAAUCUCAAUAUCCAUAUCCACUAGUCGGUAUUACGAAAGAACCACUUGGAACACCGGCUCAAAUGGGAAUGGCCGGGUCUUCCUACCCAAAUCCUCCAACGGCACCUGCUACUCCUUAUCCUCCACAAUCUCAAUUUCCAUAUCCUCCCGUCGGCAUUAAGAAAGAACCACUUGGACCACCAGCUCAAAUGGGAAUUGGAGGAUAUCCAUAUUAUACACUGAAACAAUGAUUUAUGCACAACAAAAUUAACAGAUUUUCUAGCUUUGCGCUUCUCUGUAUCCCCUCCGUAGGUAAGUGAGGUAUUUUAGUGAUCAAGUAGGACUUUCAGUAGUUUGAUUAGAGCAAGUUCUGGGAUCUUUAAAAAGGCACCAAACAAAUUUUUGUCACUGUUACAUAUCAUCAUUGGGGUAUUGUUUCUUUCCUGUGUCUGAUUAAAUUCAAUUUACUAUGUUGUAAUCUACUUGUCGUAAUAGGCAUUAGUUGAAGAAUCUGUAUAAAAUUGAAUCCAAAUUAUCAUGGCUUGUACCGAAUAAUGUACGAAAGACUACCCAUUUUCUGCUUUAAAUAUAGCAAAUUGGGUCA